AUGACCUGCAACUGGGUGGUGGGAAUGGCAAAGCUGGUGGGGAGAGGCAGUGGCCAAGCAGCCCUGAGCACUGCGGCCAGGGUGCUCGGGGCCAGCCCAGGAUUCUCUCCUGGCCACAGGCUUCCAGCGCAGCAGCAAAGGAACUUGUCGCUGCAUGAAUACCUGAGCAUGAAACUAUUGAAAGACGCUGGCAUUUCCGUUCCCCAUGGAUUGGUUGCAAAGACGCCGGAAGAAGCUUACAAAGCGGCAAAGGAGAUCGGGUCAGAGGACCUGGUGGUCAAGGCCCAGGUUUUAGCUGGUGGCCGGGGGAAAGGCACCUUUGAAGGGGGCCUCAAAGGAGGGGUGAAGAUCGUCUCUUCCCCCGAAGAGGCCAGGGACAUGGCCUCCCAAAUGAUUGGCAAACGGCUGUUCACCAAGCAGACAGGAGAGAAGGGCCAGAUAUGUAACCAAGUGCUCAUCUGUGAGCGCCGAUAUCCAAGGAAAGAGUACUAUUUUGCCAUCGCCCUGGAAAGGGCGUUUCAGGGCCCGGUGCUCAUUGGCAGCUCUCAGGGUGGGGUCAACAUCGAAGAGGUGGCUGCCGAGGACCCUGCGGCCAUCGUGAAGGAACCCGUGGAUAUUGUGGAAGGCAUCCGGAAGGAGCAGGCCCUGGCGCUCGCCCAGAGAAUGGGCUUUCCCAUGAAGGUGGUCGAUGAAGCCGCCGAUAAUAUCGUUAAGCUCUAUAACCUCUUCAUCAAGUUCGACGCCCUCAUGAUCGAAAUUAACCCCAUGGUUGAGGACUCAACGGGGGCAGUGUUGUGCAUGGAUGCCAAGAUCAAUUUCGACAGCAAUUCGGCGUUCCGUCAGAAGCAGAUCUUUGAACUGCAGGACUGGAGCCAGGAGGAUGAGAGGGACCGGGAGGCGGCCAGGGCGGAGCUCAACUACGUGGGGCUGGACGGGAGCAUCGGCUGCCUGGUGAAUGGCGCCGGCCUGGCCAUGGCCACCAUGGACAUCAUCAAGCUGCACGGCGGCACCCCGGCCAACUUCCUCGACGUCGGAGGUGGCGCCUCGGCGGAACAAGUUAAAGAGGCCUUCAAGCUGAUUACGUCGGACGCGCGAGUCCAGUCCAUCCUGGUGAAUAUCUUUGGGGGCAUCAUGCGAUGUGACGUUAUUGCGCAAGGGAUCAUUCUGGCGGCCACAGAGUUGGAGCUGAAAAUACCGGUUGUCGUGCGGCUCCAAGGGACGCAAGUGGAGGACGCCCGGGCUUUAAUCGCGGACAGCGGCCUGAAAAUCCUUCCCUGUGAUGACUUGGAUAAAGCCGCCAAAAUGGCCGUGAAGCUCUCUGAAAUUAUGACCUUAGCGAGGCAGGCCUGUCUGGAUGUUCAGUUUCAGUUGCAAGCCUGA